GCCCGCGAUGCUGCUCUCCAAGUUCGGUUCCCUGGCGCACCUCUGCGGGCCCGGCGGCGUGGACCACCUCCCGGUGAAAAUCUUGCAGCCAGCCAAGGCGGAGAAGGAGAGUUUCGAGAAGGUGUACCAGGUGGGCGCCGUGCUGGGCAGCGGCGGUUUCGGCACCGUCUACGCGGGCAGCCGCCUCGCCGACGGGCUCCCGGUGGCCGUGAAGCACGUGGUGAAGGAGCGGGUGACGGAGUGGGGCAGCCUGGGCGGCGCCGCCGUGCCCCUCGAGGUGGUGCUGCUGCGCAAGGUGGGCGCGGCGGGCGGCGCGCGCGGUGUCAUCCGCCUGUUGGACUGGUUCGAGCGGCCCGACAGCUUCUUGCUGGUGUUCGAGCGACCCGAGCCGGCGCAGGACCUUUUCGACUUCAUCACGGAGCGCGGCGCGCUCGACGAGGCGCUGGCGCGGCGCUUCUUCGCGCAGGUGCUGGCCGCCGUGCGCCACUGCCAUGCCUGCGGGGUCGUGCACCGCGACAUCAAGGACGAGAACCUGCUGGUGGAUCUGCGCUCGGGCGAGCUCAAGCUCAUCGAUUUCGGCUCGGGCGCGCUACUCAAGGACACGGUCUACACCGACUUCGACGGCACCAGGGUGUACAGUCCACCAGAGUGGAUCCGCCAUCACCGGUACCACGGGCGCUCAGCCACCGUGUGGUCUCUGGGUGUGCUGCUGUACGACAUGGUCUGCGGGGACAUCCCCUUUGAGCGGGACGAGGAGAUCCUGAGAGGACGGCUCUUCUUCCGAAGGAGAGUCUCGUCAGAGUGCCAGCAGCUGAUUGAGUGGUGUUUGUCCCUGCGGCCUUCAGAGCGUCCCACCCUGGACCAGAUCACCGCUCACCCCUGGAUGCUGGAGGCGGAGAGCGCCUUGGAGAGCUGUGACCUUCGGCUGUGCGCCCUGGAUCCUGAUGACGGGGCCAGCACCACCUCCAGCAGUGAGAGCUUGUGAGGAGCUGGGCGCCUGCUGGCCUCCAGGGGAGUCGGGGGCACCUGCCUUGCCCAGCCCUG